AUGGAAGGUGAGAGUUCUAAACGACCUCGGCAAACCAAAUCGUCGGCCCGCUGUCGUAGGUCCCCAUCACCACCACCCAGGUCCCCGUCACCCCCACCUUCAUCUCCACCCAAUCCGGCACAUUGUGGCGUGGUUUGUCAUGGCCCAAUUCAAGCCGCCAAACUUGAGGCCUUUCUCCAACGCAUGCACACCACCCAACAAUUCGCGCAUGUGCCCUCCCUCCGUGAGUUGCACAUCUACAAUCAAGUCCACACACUGUUCCGAAAUAUUGGAUGGCAUGGGCUGUUAAAGGUCCACGAACUCAACUAUAAAGUUCCAACUACCGAGUUCUUAUCUUCAUUCGAUUUGGACCACGGUGUCCUAAGCUUCCGGCUUAUGAACCAAGACCAUGCCAUAUCCUUAGACCAAAUCAAUGUCAUAGUUGGGCCCCCCAAAGAAAACAUCUUUGGCCCCAAUGACCGAAUCCCAGGAUACAAUGAUCUUACGUGGUGGACCGACCUGACGCGCCAGCUUCCCUAUGUCUCAAGUUCUGCUAAGGCCUCAUCUCUCAUCCACCCUGUGAUGAAAGUGGCCCACAGGAUCGUUGCUUCACUUGUCAUCCCUAAAGAAGAAAGAAGCACCAUUAGCACCCUUGAGCUCAAAAUACUCUAUGCGAUGGCCCACCCGGACGAUAAUCUCUUUCCUUACUAUGGCUCAUUCCUUUGCACAAACUCACCCGCCUCAGCACAUCACGGUCUGGCAAAAUAUCUUAUGUUGGCAUUGUCAGUUUAUUGGCAAAAAGAGGAGGACGGGAACCAUAAUUGGACCGUAGGUCAAAACCACGAUCCAAGGCUUCUCAUCACCCCGGAGAACAAAGACAUCCUUGCCCUCAGGCGUCCUAAUAAUUUCACCGACUGGCAAAUCACACCAUAUCUCUUCCCCGACUCCUUAUCCGAAGAGGAAGAUGGUGAUGAUGAUGAUGAAGCGGAGGAGGAGCCCCACCAUGCUUCUCCCACCGGUGGUGCCAGCUCAUCCCAUUAUGCUGCACCCCCAUCAUAUCAUCAGCAGUAUAUGGAUGAGUUUCAGUUAAUCCAUACUCGCCUCAACACUUACCAGCAAGAUAUUACAAGCCUCACCCAAAUUUUCUCUUCCUUCACCACCCAAUACGCUCGAAACCAAGAGCACCAGUGUAAGCAUGAGGAGGACUUUUCGGCUUGGACCCGCAACUCCGAUUACUAUCCUUAUCUUCCUUCUCCUCCGCAAUAG